UUCUUGUUCUGAUUGACAUCCACAUGUGGGGUUGUGUUAUAUUUAAGGAGUUCGAAAGAAAAAUAUAAAAAUUAUAUAUAUUGAAAAAAGUUGGUGUAUUGUGUUUUUUUUGCCCUUGUUUUAGCACAAGCUAUCAGUUAAUCAAAAAAAUGUCGAAAAGGCGUAUUGAAGUGGGUGAGACCUACGAAAAAAAACGCACGAAGGACGAAGCAGCACCAUCAACUUCUGCGGCAUCAACAUCUAGUGCAGGAAAUUCGUCUUUACCCGCCACUGGACAGCAGCUUGGAGUAAUGGCCGCUUCGCUUAAUAAACAGCCAGGCACGAUGAAUCCGUUUAACAUGCGGCCCUACUCGCAACGUUUCCAUCAACUGUACAAGAAGAGAAUCACUUUGCCCGUUUUUGAGUAUCAGGCGGAUUUUAUGCGUUUGCUUAAUAAUCAUCAGUGCAUUGUUCUGGUAGGUGAAACUGGUUCCGGCAAGACCACACAAAUACCCCAGUGGUGUGUUGAAUAUGCCGUCUCCAAGGGAAAGAAGGGGGUUUCCUGUACACAACCACGUCGUGUAGCAGCUAUGUCAGUGGCACAGCGUGUAUCGGAGGAAAUGGAUGUCAACUUGGGCGAAGAGGUUGGCUAUUCCAUACGUUUUGAGGAUUGCUCUUCAGCAAAGACUUUGCUCAAAUACAUGACAGAUGGUAUGUUGUUGAGAGAAGCUAUGUCAGAUCCUAUGUUGGAACAAUACCAAGUCAUAUUGUUGGACGAAGCUCACGAAAGGACCCUAGCCACAGAUAUAUUGAUGGGCGUACUGAAAGAAGUUAUCCGCCAAAGAAAUGAUCUGAAGCUAGUUGUGAUGUCUGCUACUCUGGAUGCUGGCAAAUUCCAGCAGUACUUUGACAAUGCACCCCUCAUGAAUGUGCCCGGUAGAACCCAUCCUGUAGAAAUCUUCUAUACCCCAGAACCGGAACGUGAUUACUUGGAAGCAGCCAUUCGUACAGUCAUUCAAAUACAUAUGUGUGAAGAAAUUGAAGGUGAUAUUCUUAUGUUCCUCACCGGCCAGGAGGAAAUUGAGGAGGCUUGCAAGCGUAUUAAACGUGAGAUUGACAAUUUGGGUUCAGACAUUGGCGAACUCAAGUGUAUACCUUUGUAUUCAACAUUGCCACCGAAUUUGCAACAACGCAUAUUUGAGCCAGCGCCUCCGCCAAAUGCUAAUGGCGCUAUUGGUCGUAAAGUUGUUGUUUCGACUAACAUUGCCGAAACUUCGUUGACCAUUGAUGGUGUUGUGUUUGUGAUUGAUCCCGGAUUUGCUAAGCAAAAAGUGUAUAACCCUCGUAUACGUGUGGAAAGUUUGCUGGUAUCGCCUAUUUCUAAAGCUUCGGCCCAACAGAGAGCUGGUCGUGCCGGUCGUACAAAACCCGGAAAAUGUUUCCGUCUCUACACUGAAAAGGCCUAUAAGAAUGAAAUGCAAGAUAACACAUACCCGGAAAUUUUGAGAUCAAAUUUGGGCACAGUGGUUUUGCAGUUAAAAAAAUUAGGCAUUGAUGAUUUGGUACAUUUUGACUUUAUGGAUCCCCCAGCUCCCGAGACUCUGAUGCGUGCUUUGGAACUAUUGAAUUAUUUAGCUGCAUUGGAUGAUGAUGGCAAUUUAACAGAUUUGGGAGCUGUUAUGUCUGAAUUUCCAUUGGAUCCACAGUUGGCAAAAAUGCUUAUAGCCAGUUGUCAACAUAAUUGUUCCAAUGAAAUUUUAUCUAUAACGGCUAUGCUGUCGGUACCACAAUGUUUCGUCAGACCCAAUGAGGCUAAAAAGGCUGCAGACGAGGCCAAAAAGCGUUUUGCUCACGUUGAUGGUGAUCAUUUGACUUUGCUGAAUGUGUAUCAUGCCUUCAAACAGAGCAGCGAGGAUCCAAACUGGUGUUACGAGAACUUUAUCAAUUUCCGUUCUCUAAAGUCAGCAGAUAAUGUGCGGCAACAAUUGGCCCGAAUUAUGGAUCGUUUCUAUUUGAAACGCAGCAGUACGGAUUUCAUUUCAAAAGACUAUUACAUCAAUAUACGAAAGGCACUGGUCCAGGGCUUCUUCAUGCAAGUUGCCCAUUUGGAACGCACAGGUCAUUAUUUAACCAUCAAGGAUAAUCAAAUUGUACAACUACAUCCCUCAACAUGUUUGGACCAUAAACCCGACUGGGUUAUUUAUAAUGAAUUUGUAUUGACCACCAAGAACUACAUACGCACUGUGACGGAUGUCAAACCUGAAUGGUUAUUAACUCUGUCACCUCAGUACUAUGACUUGAAUAACUUUCCCCAUUGUGAGGCCAAGAGACAAUUGGAGAUGCUGCAGCAACGUCUGGAGUCGAAACAAUUUCAAAAAGGAUUUUAAAUUCUCAACUCGCACAUCCUUAAUUUCAUACAUUUAGUAUAACACUCCCCCUUUGGCCCACCACUCAAUCGAACCAUUGUUUAUAUGCUCUUUAAGUUAUACUACUACAUAACAUACAUACAUAAUUUUAUUUUUACGCUGACGACGGUUGCGGUUGUCUUAAAAAGGUUAUCAAUUGAAUCCUACCAUAGAAAUUCCAUUAGAUGUCGGAUGCCACAAUUUCCAUAAAAUAAUUAAAUAACUUAAUGCAAAUAUGCCAGAAGCACUCCCAAUUAUUCUAACUCAUCAUACAUACAAACAUAGAAACAUGCAAUUAUGUGUUAAUAAAGAAUUUUUAACAUAGCCGAUGUGAUGGUGAUCAUACACCGGAUGAAUAUAUUGGAUUAAAUGUAAA